GAAUCGGGACAGCCAAGCGAAAUCUUUCUCCGGAGUCACUAUUUGAGAGAUCUACUUCUAUCGCCUGAAACCUCAAGAGGAGUUGAGGACCAGAAACACACACAGAGACAGAGACAGAGAGGGAGAGAGAAAGAGAGAGACCAUGGAGGCCAGACUCUCUGCUUCCCUUGGUCUUCCAUCUCCAAACCCCGAUUACCAUCGCAGCCUCGCCGAUUUCGACAGCCUCUUCAAUCACUUCAACGCACUCAUAUCCUCCUCAAAUCUCCAAGGCAUCAAACCUAAUCAGUCCUUGGAGAAAGCUUCCAAUAACAGCAAGAGCAGUGGCAACUUCCUCACUUUCUCUUCAACUUCUAUGUCCAUAGAGACUAACCUGACAUCUUCGUUUGUUCCCCACGAAAACACAAAACCCAGAUCUCAGAAAUGGCUAAAUCCCGCAACGAAAGGAAAUACAAAGAUCCAGGCGCUGAUGAAAAACCUAUCAGUCCUCGAAAGGGCUGUCAUUGGAGCAUCGGCGGGAGGAAUUGCGGGUGCUCUCACCUACGUAUGCCUCCACCCUCUUGAUACCAUCAAAACUAAGCUCCAGACAAAAGGGGCAGCCCAGAUUUACAAGGGAACUUUCGAUGCCAUCGCCAAAACUUUCCAAACGAAGGGAAUUCUGGGUUUCUACAGUGGCGUAUCGGCCGUUAUUGUUGGCUCGACUUUCUCCUCUGCUGUGUACUUUGGGACUUGCGAAUUCGGUAAAUCGGUCCUAUCUAAAUUGUCCCAAUUCCCUACCUUGCUUAUUCCUCCAACUGCUGGUGCAAUGGGCAAUAUUGUCUCCUCUGCUAUAAUGGUGCCCAAGGAGCUUAUUACUCAAAGAAUGCAAGCGGGGGCGGCGGGGAGGUCUUGGGAGGUUCUGUUGAGGAUUCUGGAGAAAGAUGGGAUUUUGGGUCUAUACGCUGGUUAUUCUGCGACUUUGCUUAGAAACUUGCCUGCUGGAGUAUUGAGUUAUUCCUCAUUUGAAUAUUUGAAAGCCGCCGUGUUGAGUCGAACGGGGCAAGCUCAUUUAGAGCCGUUUCAGAGUGUCUGUUGUGGUGCAUUGGCAGGAGCCAUUUCGGCUUCUCUCACGACACCUCUUGAUGUGGUGAAGACCAGGUUGAUGACUCAGGUUCAGGGAGAGGCCAGAGAUAAGGUUGUUGUUGCUGUGUAUGGUGGAAUUUCGUCGACCAUAAAACAGAUUUUGAAGGAAGAGGGAUGGGUAGGGCUGACCCGUGGAAUGGGGCCCCGAGUUCUUCACAGUGCGUGUUUUGCAGCAUUAGGUUACUUUGCAUUUGAGACUGCUAGGCUUAUUCUGUUGAAUCAGUAUCUCAACCGGAAGGAAUCUUAUGAGAUGGCCAGUGUUCUCUCUUGAUUCAAUGGUUAUUAUUUGAUGUGAAAGCAUGAAAUCAACUAUUAAAGGUGACAAUUAUUAUCUACCCUCAUAUGCACCUAGGACUUUUCCUGUUCUUUCCAAUUCACAGUUUUUGCAGAAUUUAAUUUCUGUUUAAAAUGUGUUUUCGAUCCUAGAAGUCUAUUGUAAUUGUAUUUUUAAGAUGAGGAUUCUAGUUGUAAAUGUAUCUUUUUUUUUUGACAUAUUAUAGUUUGUUUUCUUCUUCGUUGAUGGACAAUCUCUUCAAUAAGUGUAUUGAUUUUUCAUUUUCUAAAGAAUUGCUAUUGUUAGACAUGCAUACCCAGCAGAACACAGCACACUGGGAAGAUUAAUAUGAAAUCGGUUUCGCCUUUCCUGUUUCA